GGCUGUGCUGGGAUUGGCUGCAGAAAGAACGAGAAGGACUUAAAAGCCAGCCAGGAGUGUUCAGCAGCAUCACAGGACAGCAACGCAACAUCCAGGAUCAUACGGAGCUCAAACCUCAUCUGACAUCUCCAUUCUGCAGCUUCCUGCUACUCCGAACAAGACAAGAAGUGGACAACAUGAAAGUGGCCCUUGUUUUUGUUUUGCUCUUCGCAGGAGUUCUUUGCAGAUCGGCGAGAAAAUAUGACAGUUCUGCCGAGAGCUCUGAAGAAGUGGUGAGGCGACCUCCCCCUCCCAUCUUCAGGAAAAGGGUGGACCGAGUUUCCCAGAUCCGUGCAGCAGCUGUCAGGGCUUUGCAGAGGUUCCUGGCGCCAGCUUUUUUCGACUCAGAUGAGAGCAGCGACAGUUCUGACAAGCAGGUUGCAGUCCACACCCCAGCUGUAGUCAACUAUGACAACUAUGAAACCACAGAUCCCGCCGCGUCAGAUCCACCCCCUGUGGACAACAAAGAUGACGAAGACAGUGAUGAUGAUGAUGAUGAUGAAUCGGAGGAAAGUGACAGUGAUGAAGAAGAGGACGAUGAGGAGGAGGAUGACUCCUCAGAGUCGGGCGAGUCUACAACCCUGGCACCAGACACCGUGACCCCCGUAAUUGUGACGGAGGAAACCACAGAGGAGCCCCUGGUGCCCACCAUCGUCACAGACGGCGACUCGGGCCGCGGGGACAGCAUGGGAGGACAUCCCGGCGAUUACAAGACUUACGUCUACAUGCAGGAGAAGAACUAUCACAAGGCUCCUUCGCCCUACAAGUCCUACAAUUAUGACAGCGGGAAGAAAUCGGGCUAUGACAUGCCCACUGGCAACGAGGUGGAGAAGGGCUACAAGAUGGAGAGCUACCCUCAGGUCCAUUCCGACCUACUGGAGGGAGAUAGCAGCACCCCCGAGGAGGAGGUCGACAACCAGGACAUCUCUGGACCUUCCCAGAACCAGGAUGUCCUCCCUGCCGAAGAGGUGGUGGUGGAGGAGGAGGAGGAGGAGGAGAAGGCCGCCACCAGCGAUAGUGGAAGCUCCAGCAACCCGGAAGAGGAGGAAGAGGAGAGCGCCAGCCAGGAGGCGGCGGCCACGCCCGGAGCCGCCGACAGCGAUUCCGACGAGAGCGAGAGCACGGAGAGCGAUUCUGAUGAACGCGGGAUGGGACCCGGACCCGGACCCACCGCCGACGCCGUGGUCAUUACUGCCAAAUAAGUCAUGCAGCAAGUAAUAAAGACUUCAUGCCACAUUCAAGCCUGAUCUUUCCAUUUCUCAGGCACUUUUUGAAGUUUUUCUUUGUACAAUCUUCAACAAGCAAGUGCAUGGAUCCUCCUAAGAACCAGUUCAGGACCCGUUAAGGUCAACCGAGUCCUAGUUUUCAUUUUCAUCUCGGGUCACGUCGUAUUUACGUAAGUCCUGGGCGGGCCGCAUCAUGAUAUGAUGACAUCAUUAUUAUCCAUAUUCAGCAAAAACACUUAAUCCUAAUUUAAAUUGACAGGCAUAUAUCCAACUUCAAUUAGCAGUUUAUUUAAGAAAGGUUUCUUGCAAUGGCAAAAAAAAAAAAAAAGAAGCUUAUUGCAAUACAUAAUUUCACGUUAGGAACGACAUGAAAGAAGAAAUGCCUUAUUGACGGCCAUUAUUUCCACAGGCCAAAGAAAGGAUAUGUUGACUUUGACGCUUAUAUUUUUAAGGAGUUAUUUCUAUUUCUGGGAAGAAAAUCAGUUCAUUUAUAUUAUGUUUUUGCAAAAGCCAAUUUGUGUUUUUUUUGUCAGAAUUAACGAUAAUAAAAAGAAGAUUUCAGCAAAAUGCGGAAUCAAAUGAUGAAAUGUGAGCAGGGUUACAUUACAGGCAAAUAAAGCCAUAUUUAAAUAAUCAAGCAUCAAGUAUUGAAACUUAGAACUAGUGUGAUAUAUAUUUGUUGCUAGUAUCAAAUCUGCUGUGUCAUCACUUCUUACACACCUGGAUGGCAUGAUUUACUGUAAUGUGUUAUUUUGUACACCUUGUCUAAAAUAUGAAUAAAAUUAUUUUACAUACAA